CCUUUUCAAAGCUGAGUUUUGAAAAUUAAAAAAAAAAAUUAAAAAUUAAAAAUUUUUAUUGAUAAAAAUAAUUCAUAAAAUAUUGUGAGUGCGUGCGUGUGUGCAAAAGAAAAGUGUACAAAAAAUCAAGUACCACAAAAGAAAAACAAAAGCAAAAUGCUGAUAAACAAAUUCUAGGCUUAUCCAGUCGGAGAGAAAUAAAAUGUCAACAAAGAAGAAAAACGACCAUUUGAAUAUGCUGCUGAGGUAAAUAGAAAUUCCUGGACCCAGAAUAUCACCACUGAGGAUCAACAACAGCCAUAAACUUGAACUAUUGCCAAUGUUAUUUUUCAGAGCGAAAAAAAAACAACAAUAAAAACAAUCACCAAAGCUUUUUAACAAAUAAUUGGAAACUGACACGGAAACUAUGCCAUCGGAGAGAAGGAGAGCUAAUCGCAGCAAUAACAACAACUUUAUGGCAACCCGGCACAGCUGUUGGAAAUGAUUGGGCGCCAUAAGAUAUAUGUGGAAUGGAGGGCAACUAAAUUGAAACAAAUAAAAAAACUAAAAGGUUUUAAGUUCUAAACAAGCCAAGAGAGAGAAAAAGGACCCCUCGCUGCCAGAGAAUAUGACCAAAUAAAAUUUUACUACCAAAAAAAGAAAAUCUUAAGAGUGAGAAAAUAGUGAAAACAAGUUAAUGGAAAACUUGGGAAAAUAUUUACAAAAUACUUAAUUAACAAAAACCGAAAAAAAAGGAAGAAGACUUUGCUCACAGAACGAAAAGUCCUAGUUUGAAAAAAAAAUCGAGAAAAAACCCGAAAGAAAACAACUACCAAAAACCCAUUUUGCAGCAAAACGCUUAACAUCCCACUCCAGCGACGUAAGGCAUUCAUUGCAGGGCGUUUAAUGCCAAGCACAGCAAGCAACAACUUCCUGUCUCGUUAGAUGCCAACAUUGCAAGCAGUCAGCCAGUCAAGCUAGAAAUUUCCCAACCGCACCUCACACCACUCCUUCUCCUGCUCCUCCUACUCCUGCUGGCAUUCUCCAAAACACACUCCAGAGAAAAAGUAAGCUGCUGCUUCGUAAAAGCAAAACAAAACUGGCAUCACCCAUAUCAUUGCAACACAAAAACCUCAUCUCCUGCUAGCCGGUAGCCCAUUUGCCCAAAAAGCAGCUGCAAACAUGGCGUUGGGAAAAUCCAUUAAAAUGUACCUGACUAUAUUCGUGGCCACCACAUGCAUGUACAUGAUACUGUAUCAGUAUCACAUAUCACGGCAGCCAAUGCCCCAGCCAGAAAUCAUAAAGCAUAAAGACAAAUCAAUAGCCAUCAAUGGUGGGGGCAUCAUAAAUGGAUACGGUGGUAGUUAUAUUCCUGCAUCAUCAUCCUCUUUAAACUCCGCCUCUGCCACAUUGUCAUUAAAUAGCAAUAAUAGCAACAAAAACAGCAAAUCUGCUUUAACACUCAUGUCAUCUCAUCAGCAACAACAACAGCAAACAUCAUCAUUGCCUCUAUCGUUCUUUACCCUGCCAAAUCGAACAACAAAAUUAUUCAAGAAAAUGAAUCUGUUCCUAUGGUCACCCAUGUCCCUGCUGUCCUCAUCGAGGGCGGCCAAGUCCCCCCAGAGCUCGGCAACAUCAUCAGCAUCAUCAUUAACCACAUCAUCCACCUCAUCAUUGUCAGCUGCAAUGCGUAUUGCCAGCCAGAAAAUGCAAUCAUCGUCAUCCUCAUACCCAGCUAUGGCCAAGGCCAAUGGAGCCCCUGCAUCUGCAUCUGCUGCUGCUUCAAUUGCCUCAGCAACUGUUGUGGAUUUAAAUAACACUUUAUUAACUUCAUCUACUUCAACAUCGUCGUCAUCGUCGUCGUCCUCCUCGACGUCUUCAACAACUACAACAACAUCGACCACCUCCUCGACCUCUACAACAACAACUACUACCACUACAAUACCUGCUGCCGCAGCCAGUGUCAAGUCCUCCUCCACCUCCUCUUCAUCAGCAUCAUCAUCAUUGUCGUCGCCCUCAUUGUCGGCAGCAGCAGCAGCAGCAGUCCGAACACAUCAAGACCACAACAAAAACAUAAAUAACAACAAAUAUUAUAACAACAACAACUACAGAGCAUCUUCACAAUCAUUAAUGGCCAAAGUAGAUACACCUCCCCUGUACAUUAUCACACCAACUUAUCGCCGUCCCGAACAAUUGGCGGAAUUAACACGUUUGGGUUAUACACUGAAACAUGUUGCCAACUUGUUGUGGCUGGUCAUUGAGGAUGCCAAUCGGACGUCGGAGAUGGUGAUACAGACUCUGAAUCGGAUUGGUGUGCCUUAUGAGUAUUUUUUGGCCCCCAUGCCCGAGGAAUACAAAAGUAAAAAGGCCAAACCCAGAGGUGUCUCAAAUCGCAAUCGUGGCCUUAGCUGGUUGCGUGAAAAUGCCACAGAGGGGGUUUUCUAUUUUGCCGACGAUGAUAACACCUAUGAUAUUAGCAUUUUUGAACAGAUGCGCUAUACCAAAAAGGUUUCAAUGUGGCCGGUGGGCCUGGUCACCAAAUACGGCGUCAGCAGUCCCAUUGUGAAGAAUGGCAAAAUUGUUGGCUUCUACGAUGGCUGGCUGGGUGGUCGAAAAUAUCCCGUCGACAUGGCGGGCUUUGCGGUGAGCGUGAGAUUUCUACACGAAAGACCCAAAGCGAAAAUGCCCUUUAAAGCGGGCUAUGAGGAGGAUGGUUUUUUGAAAAGUCUGGCGCCAUUUGAAAAUGCCGAAAUUGAGCUGCUGGCCAACAAUUGUACAGAGAUUCUAACAUGGCACACGCAAACAAAAAAGAACAAUGCUGCGGAAAAACUGAACAUGACCAAAUACGGUGAUACCAAUCUAGUGUUUAUAGAUAGAGCUCUUGUUAGGCCCUAAGGUAACGUUAAACAAAUUUUCAAGAUUAAUUUAAGGACGAUAUCUUAAGAUAACCAAACAACUAUGAAAGACAACAACCAAAGAUAGACAGUUUUUUUUUUUUUAAAUGGAAACCAAAAAUAGAACCACAAACCAAAUCAAGAAACCAAAUUAAAAAAAAAAAAAAAAAACAAAAUAAAAUAAAUCAUUUUAUAUAAAAAAAAGUGUGUAUAUAAAAUUAAAAAAAUAAAACAGAAACUACAAAGACAGUCCAAAAAAAGGCACAAAGUGUAAAGCUUUAUAAAAAAAUAUAUCCUCAUGAAAAAAAAAUAUAUAAAUAUGUAAAUAUUUUAUUUUUAAUUUUUUUUACAUAAAAAUAAAAAAAAUAUUUAUAUUUUAUAUAAUAAAAAUAAGUAAUAGUUUCACAAUAUUUUUUUGUAAAUAUAUAAAUAAGAUAAAAAUACGAAAUUAAAAAAAAAAAAACAAAUACUUUAUUAAAUUAACUUUAAAAUAAAAUAUUACACAUAAAAUGAAAAAAAAAAUAAAUAACUAUUAGUUAGACUGUCAGGUAUGAUAAAGGUGAGAAAGAGAAAGAAAUGGAAAUUUGAAAUACCCAAAAUUAAACAAUCAUUUUUGUAACAAAACAUAAAAACUAAAUAAAAAAAAUAUUAAAUAUUUAAUAUUAAUGUUUUUUAAAUUAUUUAAUUUAAUUUUUUAAGUUUUUUUUGUUUUCCAGAAAAUCGUUUUUUUUUUUUUGCCAGAAAAAUUUUAAUUUAAAUAUAAUUUAUUUAUAAA